AUGACUUGUAGACUACACUCACUUCUGCUGCUCCUACUUGGAGUGGUGAUUCUCACCACUCCGGUCUUUGCUUCCAUCAGGCCACGCUUCUUCUACGACCCUCCUCCAACUCACAAACCACCCACUUACCAACCAACACCGCCACCACUCUACCAACCACCACCACCACCACCCCACCACCCUCCACAUCACCAUCCUCCACCACCACCUGAAUACCAGCCUCCUCAUGAAAAACCACCUCAUCAUAAUCAACCACCUUAUGAAAAGCCACCACCAGAAUACGAACCCCCUCCACCAGAAUACCAACCUCCUCAUGAGAAGCCACCACCGGAAUACCAACCUCCUAAUGAAAAACCACCACCCGAACACCAACCUCCUCAUGAAAAACCACCACCAGAAUACCGACCUCCUCAUGAGAAGCCACCACCGGAGUACCAACCUCCUCAUGAGAAACCACCACCGGAGUACCAACCUCCUCAUGAGAAACCACCACCAGAGUACCAGCCUCCUCAUGAGAAGCCGCCGGAGUACCACCCUCCUCAUGAGAAACCACCACCAGAAUAUGAACCUCCUCAUGAAAAACCACCGCCAGAACACGAACCUCCUCAUGAAAAACCACCACCAGAACACGAACCUCCACCUGUGUACGAACCCCCUUAUGAAAAACCACCACCAAAACACGAACCUCCUUAUGAGAAGCCACCGCCAGUGUACGAACCCCCUUAUGAGAAACCACCACCUGUUUAUGAACCUCCUUACGAGAAACCACCACCAGUGUACGAACCCCCUUAUGAGAAAUCACCACCGAUAUAUGAACCGCCUUAUGAGAAGCCACCUCCAAUAGUGUACCCACCCCCACUAUACCACCCUCCAUACGAGAAACCACCAGUUUACGAGCCACCACCAUUUGAGAAGCCACCAAUCUACAACCCCCCACCUUAUGGUCACUAUCCACCAUCCAAGAAAAACUAAUAACCAGUGCCCAACAUCACAUGUUUCGGUCUACUCAAAGUUAGACCUUUCGUUUGUCGUAUAAAGUUUUUUGUUUGCGUUUAGGAAGCACUUUUAAUAUGUGAAGUACGUACAAUCUCUCCUUUCUGCAUGCACUGUUUCUUCAGAAUAAAGGCUCUAUGCCUUGUAAUGUAUAAUUUCAGUUUCCCUUUCAUAUAAAUAAAUAUUGUAAUGUCAAUUAUC